UAAAAGCAAUCCUUAAGAUGAUUGAUCAAGCAGCUAAUGCUAAAGCUAGCACCUUAUAUAUGAUUAAUAAUAAAGCUAGUAUCUUAAACACUAUUAAUGCUAAAGCCAGUACUUUUUAUAUAGUUGUAUCUAAUCAAGUAGCUAAUGUUGAAACUGGUACUUUCUAUAUGAUUAAUGCUAAUACAAGUAUCUUUUAUAUAGUUUUAACUAAUCAAGUAGCAAAUACUAGAAUUAUCUCUAGCUUAGUUAAUAUUCAAACCAGUACUUUAUAUAUUGCUAAUCUUGAAGCUAAUGCCUUUUAUGAAAAUGCAGUUUAUAAUAAAACUAGUUUCUUUUGUGAAAGUGUAGUUUAUAAUGAAGCUAGUUCCUCUUGUGACAAUAUGAAUACUAAGAAGAUUAAGAAUAUAAGUAUUAAUAAUGUUAUAUAA